GAGACUCGGUUUAGUCCGCUAUUAACGCUUGCCGCAAGUGCACGUUUCCACAGAGUUGGGUCGAACCUGUAUCGUGUGAGCUUUAGAGACUCGCGAGUGUUUCGUUUCUCGCGCGUAUUAUUUUGAACGUCGUUGUCGCGUUGCCGUGUGUUACGAAUCAGCCGGCAAAACAACGCAGGUGUGCAGUGGACCGUUGAGAUCGCUACUUACCCACAUUAUACAGCUAUCUUCUCGCCGGGAAACCGUGUGCUGAUCGGGAAGGGCCUGACCCAGUCUGGGAAGAGAUGGAUGACAUUUUUUGAUGAAACGUGAUCUUGUUCCUGCUUCGCUGACUACAGCACCAUUUAUCUCUACCUGCCGAACCAUAUACCGCGCUAUUGGAACUGCUUGCUGUGCAGAAGAAUCGGGUUCGUUGUUUUGUGCGACAUCAGACGUAACCAGCUAUUUUACAGUUAAUAAACAGCGAUGACCAAUUUCGAUAACAUGUGAACAAAUGAAGCGAUUGUUAAGCCCGUUUUAUUAGACCCAUUGACAAACAAGGGGAUCAGCAGAACCGUUUCCAGUUUGAAUCGUGUUUCUCCGCUGGGCAACUUCAGUUAUCACAAUACUGUUUUCACCUGCCACCUGCAUGCAGGAAUUUUGAUGUGUUGGUAUAGCCAAGCGUGAUAUAUGCCGAAGCGGGAACGCCACGCCGGAAGUGACCCGGUGGAGCAUGAAGCACUCCUCUGAGUUGGAGAUAUCCACAAAAAACGACUGCCCAGAUUCAAAGCAGUCCGCAGUUUUUAGAAUGGCGUGUGUUCGUUAAAAGUGUUUCCGUACCUAUGAGUGUGUAAAUCAUCGAUUUCGAGCGGAUUAUUAGCUCCAUUGAUCUACGCCUAGUCGCGAAUGCUAACGUGCGUGCCCAAUCGAAAGCUUAUGGAACGGCGCGCGAGUAUUUUGUGGUAUUAAGCUGUUUCGAUUUGUUCGUUUAACACAAGCCGCAGGUGUAUUUUCAUCGGAUUUCCUAAACGCAUCAGAUUCAAUUCAUCGAAACUUGGUGGUUGCUAGUGUUCAUAGAAGAAGCGAACAGGCUACCAAAACAAAACAAUCUACGAACCAAGCCCACUUUGGCAGUUUGGUUGGGGUAUCCAUGGUAACUUUACUCAAACAAACCUUCACAAUCAUUGACCGAGGAGGAUUAUCGAUUUUGCAAACCAAGAACCUGUCAGCCUACUUAGUGUUCGAAACGAAAAUUAAAACCUUACAGUGAAAUUUUUGGUGUUAUUUUUAAGGAAAAAAAGUUUGAUUGCCCCUGAGUUCGAAUUAAGGGAACGAGGUGUUAGUUAUAAUUAUGGUUCCCCGAAGGGUUCGGGUCCUGAGCCCAAGGCUCCGGCUGCUUCUUUCACUAAUAGUGUUGUGCUGCUGUUACUGCACCUCCGGAAGCCAGGCUGCCUCAUCAUCCGUGUACGUGGAAAAGGGAGCCUACAAGAACUUGGUCAUCGAAAUCCGAGAUAGCGUUCCGGUGGAAACCUGCCAAACCGUGCUGCACAAUCUAGAGAUCAUGCUCACAUCUGCCUCCCAGUACCUCUUUUCGGCACUUGAUAGUCGAGUUUACUUUGGGGAAAUAUCCAUCGUACUUCCCUCCCGGUGGCCAAACUCGUGCAUUCCCUACAAUCAAACACGAACUUCUUCCAGCGGGGAGCCCUCGGAUGUCAGCAUUCGUUUCGAUCCUUCACGAACGGAAUCGCCCAUUUGGACCGAACAGUUUGCCGGAUGUGGAGAGCCGGGCGAUCAGAUUUACAUCGAUUCCGAAAUACUCGGGAAGGAUACCAUUGGGCGGGAGUUUAUUCGUGAAUGGGCAAAAUAUCGGUACGGAGUCUUCGAUGAAAUUGGGUACGAUAAAGAUCCCGUAUACCCACGCUGUUACAUCAACGACGACCAUGAGGUUAAACUAACAGGAUGUUCCGAUGCUCCGGUGAGCGAUCAUGGCCUUUGCGGAGGACCAAAUGCGGCACCUGUCCCAUACAAUAUCAGCGAUGUGUUGGAUCGGAAUGCACGUACUAGUAUUAUGUUUGCAGCAGAAGCGCCGUCAGUUUCCAUGUUCUGUGACGAAGGAACUCACAAUCGAUACGCUCCCUCCAAACACAACCAGAUGUGUGAUAGACGAAGCACGCUGGACGUCAUCUUGAAGCAUCCUGACUUUGUCAGCGAAAGUCAAAUUGCAGCGAAUCCGUCGAUCAUUAUCAACACUUCCCCUAAAUUUAGUUACAAAACGAGGAAAUCGACCCGCUACGUAAUCAUUAUCGACGAAACUCUGGAUAUGCAAUUGCGGGAAUCCUGGAGUUUUUUACGAAGCGCCAUUCGAAAAUGGGUAGUUUACGACCUCCCAGGGAACACCGAAAUCGGAAUGGUUCUAGCGAAUGAUACUGCCACCGAAAAAAUGCUUCAAAUCUCCUCUCUUCAUGUUCAAGAGAACAAAGAUUUGAUUGCCUCGUUCAUCCCGUACUCGCCAAGCGACUCCCGACAACCGGCUUGUCUCACCUGUGCCAUCUCCGAUGCUAUCAGCAUGCUCAAUGAGCGAACUCGAUCCAAUGGACCUGCCAAUUCAGUAAUACUGGUAAUCGCCCCGGGAAUGGACUUCUCUAUCGACCACAAAUCACUAGCCAACGCUGCCCGAGCUUCCAAAAUUCGUAUAACAACCAUCAACUAUCCGAACGUUAUUCGACGUCAACCACUGGACGCCCUAGCUCACGGAACAGGAGGAAUGCCCUUUUCGGUCUUUGAAUGCAAGUACAAUGGCGAAAAAACUUAUCUUAGCACCUACUUUGAACUCACCAACGUCCUUUUUCACAUCGGUCGUCUUUACUACGAAGGCAACUCUAACGAUCUACCAGUCGAAAUCUACCGCAAGGAACUUGUUGACGUGAUCGAUGAUUCCAAUCAAAUAUCAAAACGAACGAGCCGAACCGUCACCGGUAGCUUCAUGCUUGACUCUUUUAUGGGACCUCCGGCGAACUUUUUCGUUUACAUUCACAACCCGGAAAACCCUCUGAUAACCAACCUGAAGCUGACGAGUCCGAAUGGAAACGUUUACACAUCCCGAAGUGACGCGCGUUCACUGGUCAAACAGCUCAUGAUCUCGGCAGUGCUUAACGAAACAGGCACCUGGACCUACACCAUCGAUCGAUUCAAUGGUAAUCCACAACCACACUACGUUCAAGUGAUUGCGACCCCGCGUUCCAAGUACGCUCCGGUCAUUAAUGCUCGCUCCUGGAUUCAUCAAAGUAGAUCCGGAGGCCCACCCGUUAUUUUUGCAGAAGUGCGCCGGGGCGAGCUACCGGUUAGUUCGGCACUAGUGGAGGUCACCGUAACCCGACCGGAUAAAGUGUGCCAGGCAGGUACCGGCAUGGUUAGCGAGUGUCGGGAAAGGUUCCGGCUGCUGGAUACCGGUGCCGGUGAUCCGGAUAUAACGAAAGGAGACGGCGUCUAUUCCCGGUAUUUUAAUGCCGAGGAGUUUGGUGGCGCGGGAGCCUACCAGCUGGAAGUAACGAUCAGCGACAAUGGCAAUACCGCAUACUCGAUGGCAGAGAAUCUUGGAUACGGUGUGAGUUCGUACAACCCACAUCCGGUCAGAUGUUGUGGAAGUUCUAUCGCUGCCCCGCUGAAGCAGUCGCUGUCACCAUUCCAGCGGACUCUGCAACCGAUGACGGUCUUCGUAACUCAGGAGCAGUUGAACGAGGAAAAUCGCCGACUUGUUGGUCGGAUCAGUGACUUAAGUGCCGACGUCGAGGGUAGGAAGGUGCGACUAAGUUGGACGUCCCCGGAUAUGGGAGGAAAGUCGGUGGCUCGUUACGAGGUCAAAUAUGCCACUACGAUCAAAGACAUAGUCGACAACUUCGAAACGGCUGCAGUGUUGUGGCAUCAUGACAAUCCGUUAACCUACUCAAUUGGCGAUGACAGCACGUUCACAAUGAACAUUACCAAUGAACCGCAUCUGAUAGGACAGAUUUUGUACUUCGCGAUAAGACCUUAUUCGAAGCUCGCCAAGGAUGCAGAACCGGGUCCGAUUUCAAACUACGUGAGAGUAUUCGUGGCUAAGCCCAAACCUACUACCUUGUACCCACCAUCAAGUUCUGGGACGGAAGGUUACGAUUCCAUUUGGUCUUCUUACGAUGGCAUCAGUAAGCAUCAUGAUGAUGGAAUGGAUAUCAUUCCAAAGAUAGCGAAAACAAUGGAUAUCGGGCUAGAGCUGCUUUUGCCGAUCAUUGCGGGAAUAAUCCUCCUGUUGGCUCUAAUUGUUGUUUACUGUUACUUUUGUGUUAUCAAAAAGCGUGGAGACUCAAACGAUGAUGAACAAAAGAAACCAAUCAAAUCAUUCAAAAGUGAUCACAAGCUUUCAUCAAGCCACAGCGUAAUUGUGACAACUGCCGGCAAUGCAUCUUCGCCAUCGUCGAACAAUACAACGUCUUCAUCGUCUUCUCCGAAUCACCAACAGCAGCAUAUACCGAAUUCGGCUUCAUACGACAUGCACGAUCAUCAUACUGUCGGCAUUCCAACAAUCUACAACAUUGAUGAUGACAUCAUGAUGAACAAGAAGCGAUACAGUACAAUGGGGCCGACACACCCUAUGGAGCAACAACUUAUCGAAGAACUUAAGCAACAGCAGCACAUCAUCGACUCUCAGUCAUUCAUUGUUCCCUCGAAUAACAACAACAAUAAUAAUAACUGUGCCGUCAGUAUCAUUUCAACUACGUCCAACAAUACAACAUUGACCAGAGCUUACAAUCCCAAUCCCAUAAUCCCCAAUGGUGGUCGAACUUUAAGUCCGUACGAGUCCUGGUCAGCCACCCAGCUGCUUCAGGAUCACCAUGACCAACACCAUCCGCAUCAUCCUUCAACGCUCAUGGAUGAUCUGGUUGACAACAACAUUCCACCCCAGUUCUACAAUACACAGCCACACUCGCAACACGACCAAAUGUCUCUAUUGAACAACAAUUUGAACAUGAACGAAAGUACCCCACCUGUACCUCCGCUGCCGAUUUACACCACAACCAACAGUGGCAACACGACUUCCUAUGUCUACGGUCAAGCGGUUCAAUCCAACCCUGGAUCAGUGAGCUCCGUAAAUAGCAACGUAGGAAUACCCAAUGGAACCGAAACCAAGAAACGACGAAAUGUCACUAUGGUCUAGAGGCUGAACAUUUUUCCAAAAGUCACCGGAUAGACAUAUUGAUAGUUAAUCGCACUUGCCGUACUCUGUUGGACCUUGCUCUCUUCAUAGUAUGUCGUUCGUUGAAAAAAAAAUUAAAUGUUUUGUUUCGACAAUGUUCGUACUCGAAUAGCGAUGACUUGGUACUAAAGUGCGGUUAUGUUCCAGAAAGAUCAGAAAAGUGAUACUUUUGUCCUUAUAUGUUUUGUUGUUUUGUUUCUAAAUUUUACUCACGAAAAUAAAAGCCAGGCGUCUCAAACGUUCCGCAAGUGUAUAUAUUAUACGCUUAGUGCUGGAAGGGCUAAUGGUAGAGCUUCGGACUUAGUAACAAAAAUCGGAUUUUAUAACGUACAGUUUCUAUAUGCAAUCAAAAAAUAAUCUACAUAUUUUCAUCAUAAUUCUAACCAACCAAACUAGUCAAAUUGGAUAAAUUUUUAAUUAUUUUAUAUGCACGACCUUUAUUGAUUUCUUGCAAAGGUAUGAUUUUAAGAAACCGGAUCAUCUCCGGACCAGAAAACAGAGGCCAGCAUCGGAAGAUCUAAAUCUUUUGCUUCAUUAUCAUAAGUUCGAUUUUACGUUUUAAAAAUGUGUGAAAUAAUAUCUAGGAUAGGUAAAUGAGUGCAUCGAGCAUCUAUUUUAAAGUCUUACUAGAGAAUCAAGCAGCUAACUCUAUACGAAACUUAAAUGACAAGAGAAAUAUCCUAACAUGAGUAGAUGUACAAUUUGAACGCACGGUGUUUCACAGCAAAUAAUUUUUCAAUGAAUCAAAAACAACUAAAAUAUCGCAUUAAGAUAAGUAGAAAAAGGUAAACCAAUCAUGAAACCAAUAAUUUCAAUAACCUGUGGCAUUACUGAUACAUAUACUAAUAGAGAGAGAAAAAUAUAUUUAUUUUUAAAUUGUAAAUUUCAAAAACCAUACGAGAAUGAACAACACAGACAGAUGAUUAUGAUUCUGAAGAGCUUAGGCAUUUCCAACAUUAAACAAUAAAUUUACUUACAUGACCAUAUAGACAACACAAAUAAAAUAAGAAACGGAACACAUUUUUGGAAAGUUUAAAUAUAAAUCAUCGCAAUUCACCUUCUAAAACCUUCACGGAUGUUUGGUUGUGUUCAACAAUUUCAUGUAAAUGUGUACGUAGAUAAGUAUUCGGAUUUGUGUGAAUAACUUUGUGGUAUGGCGAAAAUCGAAAGAAACGAUGAGUGAUAACUUGUAUUUCAUUGAUCAUCUAGAUUGGAAACAUAAAAAUCUCAUUAAACUCUAAGUUUUGUUUAAAGGAAAAAGUGUUCUUGUACAUACAUUAUUUUACGAACAAAAUAAAUCGGAAACAUAAAUAUAUAA